GCAGUCUUUACCUCUUUGAAUCUCUUCUUACAUCAUUUUCUUCACCUGAGAACAGCAAACCAGUAGCCAUGGCUGAACAGACUGAGAAAGCUUUCCUUAAGCAACCCAAAGUCUUCCUAAGUUCGAAGAAAUCAGGGAAAGGAAAGAGACCUGGUAAAGGUGGAAACCGUUUCUGGAAGAACAUUGGUUUGGGUUUCAAGACUCCUCGUGACGCCAUUGAUGGACAUUACAUUGACAAGAAAUGUCCAUUCACUGGAACCGUUUCAGUAAGAGGACGUAUCUUAGCUGGUACUUGCCACAGUGCCAAGAUGCAGAGAACCAUCAUCGUUCGUAGAAACUAUCUCCAUUUCGUAAAGAAGUAUCAAAGAUAUGAGAAGAGACAUUCGAAUAUCCCUGCACAUGUCUCACCCUGCUUCCGUGUCAAAGAAGGUGAUCAUGUCAUCAUUGGCCAAUGCAGGCCAUUGUCAAAGACUGUGAGGUUCAAUGUACUGAAGGUGAUCCCAGCAGGUGCAUCUGCCUUUGCAAAGAAGGCAUUCACUGGAAUGUAAUAGUUUUUCUGAAGCUAUGGAGAGGUUUUCUUUGUUUGGUUUUGAUUUUGGAAUGUGUUGUUUGGUACUGAUCAAAGAUGAAUCAAAUGUUAUGUGUUUUGGUAUCUCUACAAGAAUCUAUUGCUUUGUGUACUUUCUUGGGUUAUCUAGAGGGUAAAAGAAGCGUAUGUUAAGCAAGAGAGCAAAUGAUUUAGCCUGAUUUGUCUAUGAGUUUUAUAUCUAAGUGUUACAGUUUUGAG